AUGGCAAGCUGGGAGGAGUCACAGGAAUCCCUCAAGGCGGAUGUUGGCCAACUGAAGGACCAGGUCGGCCAGAUCUUGGCGGCUCUCGAAUCCAUGAAGACUACUGGAGAUUCUUCAUCUGCACAGGUUGAGGGGAAUGCACACCUUUAUCCCCCAAUGUUCAACGCUGCGAGCCAAUCGGUUCCUUUCCCACUGUAUGGGUUGCCCCCAGGUUAUACUCCUCCUGUAGGAGAAUAUUCAGAGGCAGAACACGUCACAUUUUUAAUUCCCACGACUGUUAAUGUACCUCCAUCUGACAGUCAGGGACCUGUCUCAAUGUCAGCUCCCAUGGCGGGUAUGGGAAUGAAUGAGACCAACACAGCUAAAGGAAUACGAGUGACCCCAGUACCGCAUGUGGUUACUAAGGAGGAUUCCUCAGCCGGAGCUGCACCGCAUACUACGGUGGUUGGGGGAUUUGGUAGCCUCAUUGGAGCUACGGGUAGGCUGGAGAGCCUAAAGGCGAGGUUGAGAGCUGUCGAGGGGGUCGAAAGCUAUGGGUUUGGGGAUGUUGCCAGAUUAAGUUUGGUUCCAAGCUUGAAGAUACCACCUAAGUUCAAGGCGCCGGAGUUUGAGAGGUAUAAGGGUAACACUUGCCCUAAAAGCCAUGUGACCAUGUACUGUAGGAAGAUGGCUGCGUAUGCUCAUGAUGAGCCGCUACUCAUCCACGUUUUCCAGGAAAGUUUGGUUGGGGUAGCGUUGAACUGGUAUACCCACCUAGAGCCAUCUCGAAUUCGUUGUUGGGCAGAUCUAGCUGACGCCUUCGUGAAACAAUAUGUAUACAACACUCAUGUUGCUCCGGACCGUCUGCAAUUGCAGAAUAUGACAAAGAAGGAUAAUGAAACCUUCAAAGAGUAUGCCCAACGAUGGAGAGAGUUGGCUGCGCAAGUUGAGCCACCGCUGUUUGAUAAAGAGAUGGUGUCGAUGUUCGUAAACACACUCCAGCCGCCAUUUUAUGAGCAUAUGGUUGGGAAUGUAUUUGUCAAUUUUGCUGACACCAUCAUCAUUGGAAAGAGAAUAGAAAUUGGAUUGAAGAACGGGAAGAUAGCAUAUGGCCCGCCUGCAGCUACAAACUACAAAAAGCCCAGCUUCAAUCAGGGGAAGAAGAAAGAGGGGGAGGUACAUGCAGUGUCGGUAGUGCCUGUGUGUAGAGGACGAGCUCCCAAUCCUAAUUAUCGACCAUACUUAAGCCCACCUCCUUAUGCUGCUAACGCCUCGUUUGCUCAUCAAACUAGGCCUCAACAACAACAAGCGUAUUAUCCACCGCAGCGUAUCCCAACCGAAGCUUGGAGACCUGUCNCAAACAUGGGCCCAAAUUUGAAUGCGGGUCAAAACAACAACCCGAGANGAAAUCAGCUUGUUAGGUUCACCCCAAUCCCUAUGACCUACACUGAAUUGUUACCGAACCUGGUCAAAAAGGGUCUGGUCGCCAUUUGCCCGAUGAGGCCUGUACAACCUCCAUACCCUAGGGGUUAUGACGCAAAUGCCAGAUGUAGUUAUCAUGGGGGAGGCGUUGGUCACUCGACCGAAGGAUGUAUGGCUUUCAAAUACAAAGUUCAGGCUCUGAUCGACUCGGGUUGGUUAAAGUUUCAAGAAGACAAGCCCAGCGUCGAGACUAAUCCAUUGUCCGGACAUGGGAGUUCCUCGACGAAUGCCAUCGAGGUUGAAAAACAUGAUUUGAUAAGAGAUGUGGGCAAGAUCAAGAGCUCUAGGAGGUUCAUUUUUGAGGCUUUGUUGAAGGUGGGCUUAGUGAAGGGCGAGUAUGAUGAGGGUAUAGCUUGUGCGCUCCAUCCAGAUGUUGGGCACUCUAUUGAGGAAUGUGUAGAAUUCUAG